CUUUUCGCUUGUAAGUGCCCAUCGAUUUUUAUGCUUCCACAUGCUUGAUAAAAUAUCUUUUAACCAAAAGCAACGCCGAAAGAACAGUUACAGAUCGGCUCAAAGUUUUCCACUUUUUGCUAAAGGAACGAAAUUUUAGGUUUUGUUUCCAAUCUGGGAUUUGGUAAUUCAAAGCAAAAGAACUCUGGAUGUUAAAUUUGUUGUAGCGGUCUCUUUUUAAAAAAUCUUUUGGAAGAAUAACUAGGGUUAAAACUUUGAAAUACUGAUCUUUUAACCUGUGAGUGUUUAUAUUUCUGCAUUUUUGAUGGGUAAUUACUGAAGUGAAGGGCAAAAGAUGGCAGAACUGAGCCUUGGUAUACUCAUAGAUAUUGUUGAUGAGGAAUGGAUGAGAGAUACUCUGCCUGAUGAUGAUCUUCAACUCCCACCCGUAAUGAUUGCUCGCACUGAUGAUACCGAGGACUCGAAUCAUGAGACUCAACAAGUGGAUAGCAAUACCUGGCAUGAUCUUGAAUUAAGUACUCAAUGACAGUCUUGGAUGCUGGCAACGCCAGGUACUUUUGUAGGAAAAUGUUCGUGUCAAGAAUUUGUUGCUCUCUCUAUUUCUUAAGACAUUGUUGAACUAAGAUACGAAUGGAUCAUAACAAGUGGAUUGCAAUGUUUAUGA